UACAGUACACCGAGGACCGCGGGGCCGUACCGGACGUGCCUUUACCACUCUCUCAGGUGCAGUACCUACAUUGGUACGGCGUGGUAUUACGUUUGUGACAGCACACCGCAGUGAUGAGCUCAACCGAAGAGCCUUGGAUUGGUCCUCUUGACAUUCUACUGGCUAUAGCUCUCGUUUCGGUGUUUGUCUGGUACUUACGGCGCAGGAGACAACAAGCCAAAGACAGAGAAAUGAUAGACCUCCCUCCCAUUAGAGUGCCAGAGACAGGUGCAAACAAAACGACUUUGACCGGAAAGCUUGUUGACAGGAUGAAGUCUAGUAAUAAAAAUUUGGUCGUUUUCUACGGAUCACAGACGGGGACAGCUGAAGAUUUUGCUGGCCGUUUGGGAAAAGAAGGACAUCGGUUUGGGCUAAGAGGUUUGGUGGUAGACCUUGAAGAGUGUGACAUGGAAGAACUACCUAAGUUGCCAGAGAUUGAGAAUUCUCUGGUUCUCUUUUGCAUGGCUACAUAUGGAGAAGGUGACCCAACCGACAAUGCUCAAGAGUUUUAUGAUUGGCUCAAGGACACAGACGAAGAUUUAAGCGGCUUAAAAUAUGCUGUGUUUGGUCUGGGUAACAAGACAUAUGAACACUUCAAUGCAAUUGGACGUUUUGUGGAUGCUCAAUUGGAGAAGCUUGGAGCAGAGCGUGUAUUUGAGAGAGGGGAAGGAGAUGACGAUGCAAAUAUUGAAGAGGACUUUGUCACUUGGAAAACUAACUUGUGGCUAGCAGUUUGUGAGAAGUUUGGACUAGAAGCUUCUGGUGAAGAUGAAAGCCUUCGUGACUUUCGAUUGGAAGUUUAUGAGAAUCUUGACAGAAGCAAGGUCUUUACAGGAGAAAUGGGGAGAUUGAAGUCUUACAACCAUCAAAAGCCUCCUUAUGAUGCUAAGAAUCCUUACAUGGCACCCUUGCUCGUGAAUACAGAACUGCACAAAAGUGGUGAUCGGUCAUGCAUGCACAUUGAACUGGAUAUCUCUGGAACGAAUAUAAGGUACAGUGCUGGAGAUCAUGUGGCCAUCUACCCUACCAACAAUGCUGCAAUAGUACAGAAGCUUGCUGAUUUACUUCAAUUCGAUUUGGAUCAAGUGUUUAGUCUCAUCAGUGUUGAUGAACAAGCCACCAAGAAAAACCCAUUUCCAUGUCCAUGUUCUUUUCGAACAGCUUUGUUACAUUAUGUCGAUAUCACUAGCCCUCCUCGAACUCACGUUUUAAAGGAAAUUGCUAGGUAUGCUUCUGACAAGAAUGAGAUUGAUACUCUGCUUCAGAUGGGAUCUGGAUCAGAAGAAGGAAAGAGUGAGUACAAUGAGUGGGUUAUUAAGGAUCAUCGCAGUAUUGUUGAAGUGCUGGAAAGCAUGCCUUCUGUUCGUCCUCCGAUUGAUCAUGUACUGGAACUGCUUCCUCGGUUACAAGCUCGUUACUUCUCAAUAUCUUCAUCGCCAAAGAUGUAUCCAGAAACCAUUCAUGUAACUGCAGCGCUAGUGGACUACAAGACAAGGAUUGGGCGGCGUGUUGAAGGCGUAGCAACAUCAUGGCUUGCCACAAAACGACCCAAUGACCACAGUCCACCCAAGGUGCCUAUUUUUGUUCGCAAGUCAAACUUUCGUCCACCCAUUAGAGCCAUUAAUCCGGUCAUUAUGAUUGGCCCUGGCACAGGAUUAGCUCCAUUUCGUGGAUUUAUACAAGAUCGAAGUGUUCUUGUGAAGAAAGGUCAAAAGAUAGGAGACACAUUGCUGUUUUUUGGAUGCCGAAGAAAAUCAGAGGACUAUCUGUAUGAAGAAGAACUCAACAGUUAUCUGGAGGAGGGAACAUUGAAAGAUCUGCAAGUAGCUUUCUCAAGAGACCAGGAUCACAAAAUCUAUGUAACUCACUUGCUUCAAAAUUGCAAGGAGACGGUCUGGAAGCUUGUAAGUGAUGGUGGACACAUCUGUGUUAGUGGUGAUGCCAAGUCUAUGGCACGGGAUGUGCAUAAUGCGCUAGUUAAAAUUUGUCAGAAUUGUGGAAAAAUGACUGAAGCAGAGGCAGAAACAUACAUCAAGACACUGUCUACCAAAGGACGGUACUCAGUAGAUGUGUGGUCCUAAUGGUAGCAGACUGGUAGGCUGAAUUGGUAGGAGAUUAAUUGUGUAGUCUAAGUUUCCUAUCCAGAAAUACAACUAUGCUCAGUUAGUAUG